UUCGCCCCUCGCCCCCGCCCAGCGCCUUCUCUCUGCUAGCACUAUCGCUGCCUUCCCUGUGUCUCUCACCCGCCCAGGCCCCGGCUGCGCUUCCCGGCCCAGGCAGGCUCUGCACAGCACAGCGGGCGGGCAGCCAGGAUGCAGGCGGCGAACAAGGAGCACCUGUAUAAACUGCUGGUAAUCGGCGACCUGGGCGUGGGUAAGACCAGCAUCAUUAAGCGCUACGUGCACCAGAACUUCUCCUCGCACUACCGGGCCACCAUUGGCGUGGACUUCGCGCUCAAGGUGCUUCACUGGGACCCGGAGACAGUGGUGCGCCUUCAGCUGUGGGACAUCGCAGGUCAAGAAAGAUUUGGAAACAUGACAAGAGUCUACUACCGGGAAGCCAUGGGUGCAUUCAUUGUCUUCGAUGUCACCAGGCCAGCUACGUUUGAAGCAGUGACAAAGUGGAAAAAUGACUUGGACUCAAAGCUAAGUCUCCCUAAUGGAAAACCAGUUUCUGUUGUUUUGUUGGCCAACAAAUGUGACCAGGGGAAGGAUGUGCUCAUGAAUAAUGGCCUCAAGAUGGAUGAGUUCUGCAAGGAGCAUGGUUUCGUAGGAUGGUUUGAAACGUCAGCAAAGGAAAACAUCAACAUCGAUGAAGCCUCCAGGUGCCUAGUGAAGCAUAUACUGGCCAAUGAGUGUGACCUGAUGGAGUCCAUCGAGCCGGAUGUGGUGAAGCCCCAUCUCACACCGCCAAGGGCUGUCAGCUGCUCUGGCUGUGCCAAAUCUUACUAGGCUUCCUGGCUGGCCUAGGAUAGAAGUAAUUCCAUCAUCUCAUAAAUUAUCUCGGUUGUUACCGUGUUGGGUAAAUGUUGUGAUAGGGACACACAUGUGGCAAGCCAAAGAUCUAUGCCUCUAUCUUUCCUAUACGAGAGGGAUAGCAAACAUUCUUUUUAUGUGUUAUUUUGCCAGCAUCAGCACAGUGUUUACAACCUUUUAAAAUAUUUAGUCUGUUAAACAAUUCUGUUUUGUAGCUGACCACAAAUCUGCAGGACUAGAGUGGGUCCUGCUAUCUGCCUCUUGGAAUCAGCCGAGGCCUCAGGUUUUAAAAGAGAAAGGGGAAAGGUGCAGGCUGCUGACAAGCACUGGCUUUUGCUUUGCCUCUGGAGUCUGUCCAGAUUUCAACACAUUCUCUGCUGCUCUGACAGGGCUUCUGAGCGGAGAUGGUGUUUUCUCCAGAGAUGACCUCCAUUCUUGACACACCUGAGAGUUACCUCUGACUUAGCUCUUCAGAGUCAUAUACACAGGCUUUCUGUGCUUCUGUUGCUUCUGCUGUCACUUGUCAUGCACUGAAUGUUGGUCUAACUGAAAAACAUACGAGAAGCUCUGCCCCCUAGACGUGCCUUUUUGCCAGCUCUCUAUGACUCAUGCUGUGGGACUCUGUACAUGUAAUAUACAUUGUAUAUAUUUUCACAAGUGAAAAAUAAAACAUUAACAGAUGCUGUUUCCUUAUUUCUGAAA